CUAACAUGUUUGUCCUGCAUAUGCUGAAGAGAUUAAGUUUUGGCUGAAAGAAGAUGCCGUGGCCGUCUGAGCCGGAUGGAGAAGAAAAGGAAAGAGGACGACGCUGAUCAGAAGAGAUGUAAUUGUUCUGCCCAAGAGUUUUGACUGGAACAGAUUAUCAUGAUGUCCUUUGCCAGAUGGGGAAGAAGAAAAAAAGAGAAUGACUCUGAUCAGUCAACAUGUCAUUUGUUCUGUCCAAGAGUUUUGGCUGGAACAGAUUAUCAUGAUGUCCUGUGCCAGAUGGGGAAGAAGAAAAGAAGAGAAUGAUCAGUGAAUAUGUCAUUUAUACUCACCAGAAGGUCCGGAUGAAGAUGGGUUAGCUACUCUCCUGAUUGAAGAUUGCCAACCGUUCACCAAAUCUCUACACAUACGGUUUAUUAUGUAUAGAGCUCUUCGCUGAGACUAUCCGGCAGAAUGGAGAGAUCAGAGGGAUCACCGCACCAGGACCAGAUCGCUACGAGGUCAAGUGCUCGCUCUACAUGGACGACGUGACCGUCUUCUGCGCUGACCAGCGUUCAGUGACUGCACUCGUCCAGACCUGCGAAGACUUUGGCAGAGCUUUGGGGGCAAAAGUCAACUGCAGGAAGUCAGAAGCCAUGCUCUUCGGGGAAUGGCACCUGGCUUCUUCAGCUCACUUCCCCUUUACUGUUAAGCCGGACUUCAUUCAAAUUCUUGGAGUCUGGUUCGGGAAGGAAGGAGCGGCCCUUAAGUCUUGGCAAGACCGACUAGGAAAGAUAAACUCUAAGAUCGGACUGUGGAGCUCCAGAAAGCUCUCGAUUGAAGGCAAGGCACUUGUCCUGCGGAGUGAAGUUUUGCCUGUGCUCCAGUAUACCGCACAGGCCUGGCCUGCCCAUACCACCGUUUGCAAGGCCAUCACCCAGACAGUGUUUUGCUUCAUCUGGGGCAAAAUGGGCAGACUCAAGAGGACUGUGAUAUACAAGGAGCCCCGCAAGGGUGGGAAGGGAAUACCUGAUAUCCCCACUCUGCUGAGGGCCUCCUUUGCAUGUGUCAGCGUGCAGCGGACUCUUGUUGAAAAGACUGGCUCAGCGGGCAGGUCCAUGUCUCACUUGUUUCUCAUGCCCCUCUGGAGACAGCUGGGCUGGGACAAGUGGGACAGCUCCAUCCCUUACAAUGGGAACGCUCCAUGGUUCUAUGGGGAUGUUGUCCGGUUUGUGAGGGAGCACCAGCUGGAAGGACUGAAACCCGACCUAUGGAAGCCGAAGACAAUCUACAAGCUCAUCCGAGCUAAGGACUUGACUGAGCUGGUUCCGGGACUCCCCGCAGCCACUGCAGAGACAGUUUGGACUAAUGUGGCCUCAAAGCGGCUUACCAAUGGACACAAGGACUUGUCGUGGAUGGCCAUCAAGGGAGGACUCUAUCUCAGGUCGUUCAUGCAUGCCCGCAACCUGUGCACAACCCGGUACUGCCCCCGGUGCCCCUAUGUGGAGGAAACAUCUUUGCACGUGUUUUGGCAGUGCCCCUUUGCACAGGGUCUGUUGGAUGCCCUGGAACAUGAACUAAGAGACUCUGUACCCAGGAGCUGCCUAUCGUACCAUUCGGUGCUUUACGGUCUGUUCCCUGGGACCCACGACAUGGAGGCCAUCCAGGAGGCCUGGCGCCUUGUGAACUGUUUUAAGGACGCAGUGUGGCUUGCCAGGAACCGCCUCGUGAUCAACAGGGAGAACAUGUCCGUCCGGGACUCCCGCAGGUUCAUCAAGAGCCUGCUUAGAGACUAUUCCAUCUUGGACAGCCUGGCCGUUGAUGAGGAAGAAGAGGAGUGAAGACCCCUCUCCUUCUCCCAUGUCCCCUUGAAGAUACAGCCCAGCAGUUUGGCCCUGUGAUCCGCCCCCUCCCCACACCCACAUAGUCGCCCAUACCGCCCCCGCCCCACAGCCCACGCCCCUACCCCGAUCACAGAUUGUAUUGUUUUGUUGUUCGAUCUCUUGUGCUUUUCUAUUACAGGAUUGAGCGGAGUGUUAGAGUAGCAUGAUGUGCGAUGUAUAACUUAGGGAACCUUUGCUGUGUAUUGUACUGUCAUGCUUUGUGUGAUUGUAAUUUAUUGUAUGACUUGUAA